UUUACUCCGGGGUCAAAGUGGACAGCAUGAGGAAGUGGCUUGGCUUGUCCGAUCUUUAAUAUUUAUGCUCCUUUUUUUUUGCGUCCCUCAAAACAAUUCUAUUAAUUUCCACCGAAAGUUUAUUUGAAUUGUGACUGUCCGGCUCGGUUCGUCGUAGCGACUUGACGCAAAUUCCACGGACUCGCUAUCGAGAUCCUAUUUUUGGAAAAACAGACAUCAAAAUCGUAUCAUCAACCACAAAUUUCUGAAUCAACUCAGCAGGAUCCCUGCUGCUGAACCAUGACGACCAUCGUCCACGACACCACGGAGGCGGUGUGCCUCGCCGCAGACUACAACAUCUACCUGAAGCCCAUUGCCAAGAUGACCGUGAGUGUGACCCUGCCGCAGCUGAAGCUGCCCGGGAAGAGCAUCUCCAACUGGGAGGUGAUGGAGCGGGUGAAGGCCAUGGUGGUGCCCGACCAGUUCUCAACACUGCGCAUCUCCAAGAGCACCAUGGACUUCAUUCGCUUUGAGGGAGAAGUGGAGAACAAAACAGUUGUCAAAAGCCUGCUGAAAUGUUUGGAUGGGAAGAGCAUCAAACUGAGUGGAUUUACGGAUGUCCUAAAGGUGCGUGCAGUUGAGAAUAAAGUGGACUUCCCUACCAGACACGACUGGGAUUCCUUCUUCCGAGAUGCCAAAGACAUGAAUGAGACUCUGCCAGGAGAGCGGCCAGACACCAUUCACCUGGAAGGGCUGCCCUGCCGCUGGUUCAACCAGAAGCAGAGCAACUUCCCCGACCGGCCCUCUGAGAAGGCCCUCAUCGCUGUGUUCGAAGGCUUCGGCAAGGUGCGGAACGUCGACAUCCCCAUGUUGGAUCCAUACAGGGAGGACAUGUUGGACAAGAACUUCAACACGUUUAGUUUUGGAGGCCAUCUGAACUUUGAGGCCUAUGUCCAAUAUCAAGAAUACGACGGCUUCACCAAGGCCAUGGACACGCUGCGCGGAAUGAAGCUGAUGCUGAAAGGCGACGAUGGAAAGGCCGUGGCCUGCAACAUAAAGGUGACCUUUGACACCACCAAGCAUCUCAGCGACUCGGCCAUAAAGAAGCGGAACCUGGAGAGGCUCAAGCUGCAGGAGCUGGAGAAGCAGCGAGAGGAGCAGAAGCGACGCAAGAGGGAAGAGGAGGAGCGACGUAAAGAGCAGGAGCGGAAACAGAAAGAGCAGGAAGAAGAGGAGAGGGAGCGCAAGAAGGAGGAGAAGCAGCGGAAGCGGGAGCAGAAGCUGCAGGAGAGGGAGGAGAGGAGGAACCUCAAGAGGUUGAGGAGGCAGCAAGAGGAGGAGCAGAAGAAGCUUCAAAUGAAGAUCGCCAUGGAGGAAAGGAGGCUUCUUCUCGCCCAGCGGAACCUGGAGUCCAUCCGGAUCAUCGCUGAGCUUUUGGCCAGAGCCAAGGCCGUCAAGCAGCAGCAGCUGGAAAAGGAGCGGGCGGAGCAGGAGGCCCGGGAAAAGCAGGAGAAGGCCCGACAGGAAGAGGAAGUGGCCCGCAGGCAGCAGCUGGAGGCCUCCCGCCGCAGGAAGCAGAAGGAGCUCCUCAGGCAGCAGGAGGAGCUCCUCAGGGUGGAGCUGGAGAAGGAGCGCGCCCUUGAACUCCAGCGGCGGGAGAAGGAGCUGCGAGAGAAGUUGCUCUCCAACAUGUUGAAGAAAAGCUGCGAGAAACCCGCAGAAGACCCUGCGUCGCAGGAUCAGGCCGGCCCUGCAGGAAGCAUGGCGUCCUCUGACGCGGCAAGGCAGAAUGUCACCCUCGUGGUCCUGGGCCAGGUGAACGGCGUGAAGGCGGCGGAGGGCAUGUCCAAAACGGCUGCUCCCGCCGAGAUUCCCCGGAAAAGCAGAGGAACCAAGGAAAAGAAAGGAAGUGACGACGUCAAGAAGAAAGAGAGCGUGAAGAGCGGCCUCGGCGAGGAGAACGCGAGACGCCGCGGCUCCAGGAGGCGCCGCUCCAGCGGCGACAGGAGGCGGAGCACCAGCCGCCACGGGACCUCCAGCCGCCGCAGGAGGAACGGCGGGAGGCGGAGCCACAACCACUACAGCCGGAGCGCCAGCUCCAGCCGGGACAGAAGCAGGAGCAGCAGUGGGAGGAGCUACAGCCGGGGGAAGAGCCGCAUGGACAGCCGCCGGAAAUACAGCCGAGGGAGCUCCAGGAGCAGCAGCAGGGGCAGAGACCGGAGUCACCACAGUCGUGGAUACAGGAGGCACAGCCACAGCAGAGACAGGAGUCACCCCAGAAGAUAAACACUUGAGCAGGUCCUAUCACUCCUGAUUAGUUUUCUUCAUUUUUCACAAUCCAUAUGCAAGACAAGAACACUCUAGAUUUUCGUCUUUUUGCAUUCUAACUCGUAAAUAAAUGCUAGCAAAAGUCAGCCAAUGGAAGUCUCCUAUAAAACACUGUAAAAACCUCCAUAAUUUUAUAUACCCACUAUAAGUAUAUAUGUAAUGUAGUAGUUACAUUCAUAAUAAUUAUGUGUUUUGCUUAUUUUAUAGGCAUACAGCGGUGUAUUCACGGACGCAUCACUUUUCAAAGACAACAGUAGAGACCAAUUCGGGACACAUGACGAACCAGAAACUUCUAUUUUUGAUUCUGAAUAUAAGGAUCUACCGAAUUUUUCGGAGUAUAAGUCGCUCCGGAGUAUAAGUCGCACCUGCCGACAAUGCCGAAAAAAACAUAUAUAAGUCGCACUGGAGUAUAAGUCGCAUUUUUUGGGGGGAAAUUUAUUUGAUAAAAUCCAACACCAACAAUAGACAUUUGAAAGGCAAUUUAAAAUAAAUAAAGAAUAGUGAACAACAGGCUGAAUAAGUGUACGUUAUAUGAGGCAUAAAUAACCAACUGAGAAGGUGCCUGCUAUGUUAACCUAACAUAUUAUGCUAAGAGUCAUUCAAAUAACUACAACAUAUAAAACAUGCUAUAUGUUUACCAAACAAUCUGUCACUCUUAAUCGAUAAAUCCCAUGAAAUCUUUUACGUCUAGUCUCUUACGUGAAUGAGCUAAAUAAUAUUAUUUGCUAUUUUACGGUAACGUGGUAAUAAUUUCACACAUAAGUCGCUCCUGAGUAUAAGUCGCACCCCCGGCCAAACUAUGAAAAAAACUGCGACCUAUAGUCCGUAAAAUACGGUACUGUGCAGCUUUAGUCAAACACUAAGCAUCACGUAGCAGUAUUGCUAAGUCAUAAACAAGAUGUAUAAACAUAAAUAAACAAUCACUCACUGUACAAUGUCUGCUCUCACUGGGAUAAAGCCUGACGUGUAUUUAUAAAUGGUUGAUUUGUAUAGGCUAGUAAGGUAAAGUGUUGUACCUGACAAGUUUCGGCUACCUUGCUUCUGAUGAAGGCUGCAGAAGCAAGGUAGCCGAAACUUGUCAGGUACAGCACUUUACCUUACUAGCCUAUAUAAAUCAACCAUUUAUAAAUAAAUAAAAAGGUAAAAAUAGUGUCUUUUCGUGUCUUUCUCACCCGCUACGGGUCUAAGUUGGAUGUCAAAGUUGACCAACUUGUGGGUUUAUGUCCACAACCUUCUACUCUCCAGGUGAGAAGCAUGUUUUACAAUGUAGAUUUAACUUUCACCUACUAAGAGGCGAUGCAGCAGCUCAAUAAAGCAGCAUGAGCUAGCUAGUCAGUUAGUAUAAUUACAACGUAAACUCCGGACAAUUUGCCGCUACAUUUUUCUUUACACUUUGUACCUUGUGGCUUAUAAGACGGUGCGGUUGAUUUGUGGGUUUUUUUCUCCGAUAACAACCAUUAAAAAAUAGUGAAAAACAAAUACACUAAAAGUAGUUCCUCUGCGUUAGCCCUUAUAAAAACACUGCCACUUUUUGGAUGUUUAUUUAGAGGACUUUAUGGUCCCAUUCGCUGCAAUCUUUGCCACUUCGUACUUGCCGUAUUUUACGACUUAAAAUGCAUUAAAUAAAGAAAAUCACAUGUGUUCUUUUCUAACAUAAGGAUUGUUAAUGAUCAAAAUUCCAAGUGCAGUUUCCUUUUAAUUUGUGAUGGCUUGGGUGGGGAAAAACAUUGAAAUUAAAAAUGGUUAACUCGGAAGUGUAUUAUGGGGAACACUUUAGUUCUACAUGGCACGCUUAUUAGUUUAUUGGGUACUUGAUUACUCAUCACAAAUGGGAGCCUUUAUAGUCACAAAGCUCAGAAUAUCUCGUUUCAAAAUAGCCCCCCAACAAGCCUCGGGACCACCGCUAACAACUCGAAUGCUGCUCUUUUUCCCCAAUACGAACUUGGAAGACUUUUCUAAGCUGCCUCUAACACUGGUUUUUAUUUGAUUUUUUUUCCCCCCAUCAGCUCUGGAGACUCAGGAUUUCGAACCACAGGAGCAAAUUUUUUUUUUUUUUUAGGGGUUCAAAGAUCUCUAUUUCUCGAAAGACUUAUAUUUUUUUAAUGAACUGAUUCGAAUGUAACCGAGAGACAAGGUGUGAACACCGAACGACUCGUAGACCAAGAUGGGAACGUUAGGAGGCUUUACAUUGUGUCGGUGCAAAGAUGGUGCUUUUAACUGGAUUAGUUUUUGAAUGUGUACUGUGUGGCAUCCUGGUGCAUCUUCUACAUAAGGUAGUUGUAAUAAAAUUAAUAAAUUGACGUUUAGACAUUUGAACUAAAACCAAAGCUUGUCUAGAAGGUCAUUGCUCCUUUACAGAUACAAACCCUGUUUCUAUAUGAGUUGGGAAAUUGUGUUAGAUGUAAAUAUAAACAGAAUACAAUGAUUUGCAAAUCAUUUUCAACCCAUAUUCAGUUGAAUGCACUACAAAGACAAGAUAUUUGAUGAUCUCGGGCCCAGAGAAGCCGGCGGCGUUUCUGGAUGUUGUUGAUAAAUGGCUUUCGCUUUGCAUAGUAGAGCUUUAACUUGCACUUACAGCUCUAGCGACCAACUGUAUUUAGUGACAGUGGUUUUCUGAAGUGUUCCUGAACCCAUGUGGUGAUACCCUUUAGAGAUUGAUGUCCUUUUUGUAUACAGUGCCGUCUGAGGGAUGGAAGGUCACGGUCAUUCAAUGUUGGUUUCCGGCCCUGCCGCUUACGUGGAGUGAUAUUUGAUGUUCAAACUCAUAAACUUUAUUUUUUUUUUUUGCAAAUAAUAAUUAACUUAGAAUUUCUUGGCUGCAACACGUGCCAAAGUAGUUGGGAAAGGGCAUGUUCACCACUGUGUUACAUCACCUUUUCUUUUAACAACACUCAAUAAACGUUUGGGAACUGAGGAAACUAAUUAUUGAAGCUUUGAAAGUGGAAUUCUUUCCCAUCCAUCCAUUUUCUACCGCUUAUUCCCUUUGGGGCCGCGGGGGGGGGGGGGUCGCUGGUGCCUAUGUCAGCUACAAUAGGGCGGACAAGUCGCCACCUCGGAAUUCUUUCCCAUUCUUGUUUUACGUAGAGCUUCAGUCGUUCAACAUUCCAAGGUCUCCGCUGUCGUAUUUUACGCUUUAUAAUGCGCCACACAUUUUCAAUGGAAGACUGCUCUGGACUGCAGGCAGGCCAGGAAACUACCCGCACUCUUUUUUUUACUAAGCCCCGCUGUUGUAACACGUGCUGAAUGUGGCUUGGCAUUGUCUUGCUGAAAUAAGCAGGGGCGUCCAUGAAAAAGACGGCGCUUAGAUGGCAGCAUAUGUUGUUCCAAAACCUUUAUGUGCCUUUCAGCAUUAAUGGUGCCUUCACAGAUGUGUAAGUUACCCAUGCCUUGGGCACUAAUGCACCCCCAUACCAUCACAGAUUCUGGCUUUUGAACUUUGCGUCGAUAACAGUCUGGAUGGUUCGCUUCCCCUUUGGUCCGGAUGACACAAUGUCGAAUAUUUCCCCCAAAAAUUUGAAAUGUGGACUCGUCAGACAACGAACACUUUUCCACUUUGCAUCAGUCCAUCUUAGAUGAUCUCGGGCACAGAGAAGCCGGCGGCGUUUCUGGAUGUUGUUGAUAAAUGGCUUUCCCUUUGCAUAGUAGAGCUUUAACUUGCACUUACAGAUGUAGCGACAAACUGUAUUUAGUGACAGUGGUUUUGUGAAGUGUUCCUGAGCCCAUGUGGUGAUAUCCUUUAGAGAUUGAUGUCGGUUUUUGAUACAUUGCCGUCUGAGGAAUUGAAGGUCAUGGUCAUUCAAUGUUGGUUUCCGGCCAUGCCGCUUACGUGGAGUGAUUUCUCCAGAUUCUCUGAACCUUCUGAUGAUAUUAUGGGAUAUAGGGAUGUUGAAAUCCCUAAAUUUUGUGCAAUCUCACUUUGAGAAAUGUUGUUCUUAAACUGUUUGACUAAUUGCUCACGCAGUUGUGGACAAAGGGGUGUACCUCGCCCCAUCCUUUCUUGUGAAAGACUGAGCAUUUUCUGGGAAGCUGUUUUUAAACCCAAUCCUGGCACGCACCUGUUCCCAAUUAGCCUGCACACCUGUGGGAUGUUCCAAAUAAGUGUUUGAUGAGCAUUCCUCAACUUUAUCAGUAAUUAUUGCCACCUUUCCCAACUUCCUUGUCACGUGUUGCUGGCAUCAAAUUCUAAAGUUAAUGAUUAUUUGCACAAAAAACAAAAUGUUUAUCAGUUUGAACAUCAAAUAUGUUGUCUUUGUAGCAUAUUCAACUGAAUAUGGGUUGAAAAUGAUUUACAAAUCAUUGUAUUCCGUUUAUAUUUACAUCUAACACAAUUUCCCAAAUUAUAUAAAAACGGGGUUUGUAGAUAGAUAGUACUUUAUUGAUUCCUUCAGGUGAAUUCCUUCAGGAAAAUUAAAAUGAUGUUGCACCUGAA